GGGAGGUGUGUUGAUGACGUCAGGCCGCGCCGAGCAGUGCAGUGAAGGCUAGGCCGCGGGAAGGUUACAGGCGGCUGAUCAGGAUUGGAGGUCGUCGGCGACAGCAGGCUAAUAUAUCGUGACCCGGAUCUUUAAGUGAUCGGCUGCCCAUGCAAAAGAUGCUGUCUCUGCUGUCCCGUGUGCUGCAGGGCCCGGCCCAGAAACCCGUCACUGGGGCAGCUGGUGAGGCUGCCCGUGUUAUUGUGGCGUCACGUAGCUAUGCAGACUUUGCAAGUGAAGCCACGUUUGACAUCAAGAAAUGCGACGUUCACAAAUUGGAGGAGGCCCCACCAAUCACAGCUGUGCUGACUCGCGAGCAGGGGCUGCAGUACUACAGGACAAUGCAGACCAUCCGGCGCAUGGAACUUAAGUCAGAUCAGCUUUACAAGCAGAAGAUUAUUCGUGGGUUCUGUCAUCUUUAUGAUGGACAGGAAGCCUGUUGUGUUGGUCUAGAGUCUGGUAUAAACCCCACAGAUCACCUUAUUACAGCCUACAGGGCACAUGGGUACACAUAUACCCGCGGAAUAUCUGUAAAGGAGAUCCUCGCAGAGCUUACAGGAAGGAAAGGUGGUUGCGCCAAAGGUAAAGGCGGCUCUAUGCACAUGUAUGCCAAAAACUUCUAUGGAGGAAAUGGCAUCGUGGGAGCUCAGGUCCCUCUUGGAGCAGGCAUUGCUUUGGCCUGUAAGUACUUUGGAAAGGAUGAGAUCUGCCUUGCCCUGUAUGGUGAUGGUGCUGCUAACCAGGGUCAGAUUUUUGAGACCUACAAUAUGGCUGCCUUAUGGAAACUGCCCUGUAUCUUCAUUUGUGAGAACAACCGAUAUGGUAUGGGCACGUCUGUGGAGAGAGCUGCAGCUAGUACCGACUACUUCAAACGUGGGGACUACAUCCCGGGCCUCAGGGUUGAUGGGAUGGAUGUUCUUUGUGUCAGAGAAGCCACCAAGUUUGCUGCUGAUCACUGCAGAUCAGGGAAGGGGCCUAUUCUGAUGGAGCUCCAGACAUACCGUUACCAUGGGCACAGUAUGAGUGACCCUGGAGUUAGCUACCGAACAAGAGAAGAAAUUCAGGAGGUGAGGAGUAAAAGUGACCCGAUCACCCUGCUGAAGGACCGGAUGCUUAACAACAAUCUGUCCAGCGUGGAUGAACUGAAGGAAAUUGAUGUUGAAGUGCGAAAGGAAAUUGAGGAAGCUGCCCAGUUUGCCACCACUGACCCAGAACCCCCUCUGGAAGAACUAGGAUAUCACAUUUAUCACAAUGAACCCACUUUUGAAGUACGAGGUGCAAACCCCUGGAUCAAGUACAAGUCUGUCAGCUAAGCACUCCAUUUAGUCAUACAGGGAAGUCUGUUACUCCAAGGUCCCCAACAUGGGAACUGUUCACUAUUUCAUUUAACCCUUCCAGCCUCAGAUGUCUAUUACAGACUAUUUUAAUUCAUACAACAGGGAUGCUAUGUGAGUGUUUAAAACUGUUGCACCGUCUGUCAGUUGCCUUACUGUCUCCAUAUUGAAAGAAAACAUAUUGGUUAGAAUGGCAAUAUGGUCGGUUCCCAUUACAAUGAUUUGUUAUUUAUAGAAGGCUCCUAUUUUAGGUAUACCCAGAAGCAAAUCAUGUGUCUUACCAUUUAUGAAAUUUAUUUUUGCCGUUAUUAAAAUUGGCCUUGAUGUAAA